AUGGCCUCGCAAGAAAUCGGACCCGACAGCCUCGGCCCCCAGGGUCAGGGGCUCGCUGAAACUCAUAGCACUGCCGACUAUCCGAUCGUGCAUCCUGAAACCCAUUUCGACAUCGCAUCCUUUGAUCCCAAUCACAAUGGGUCCUAUCAUUUUCGCGGCACAAAAUCUCCCAAACUUGCCGCCAACUACCUGUCAUUUGCCAGCGAGGCUGACUUCAUCUCUUAUACCAAUAGUGUCCUACCAGGUAUCGUGGGGCCUGCCAUCGAUGUGUUUGUAUCAGACAACUUUACGGAAAAGAUUCGAGAGUACGAUGGCAGUUCUUUUGCUUGUGGGCCAAAUGAUGGCAAUAAAGAACUGAACGAGCAUCUUUCAAAGCUUGACGAGUUGGUAUUCUAUGGUAAAGCAUCCUAUAGCAAAAGUGCACUUUGCGCAGGAGACAUUUUGACUUUUUACCUGCUUUACCGAAAGGGGCGCGAUUGGUUCGAUACUUUUGCUACUCUCAUCACCGAACCGAAACUGCUUCCAUCCGUGCGAGCAGGCUUCUAUGAAGAUCGGAAGGAAGUAUUUAUCCUUGCUUCUGCUUUGCAAAUUCUUCUAUUUGCCCCCGUAGAAUGGCAUCAGGGUGCAAGAUAUAAGCGUACGGACUCUUAUCCUCGUCGGUUCCCGCUUGGAUACCCCGAGCCAGGUCCGGAUGAUGUGACGGUCUGUGGGAAGUAUAGUCUCGACGAUCUGUACCGAGCAGUUGUUUUCAUGUUUUUCCUUAUCCAACAGCGGUCUGGAGAAGGCGAAGACCCUGAUGUCACCCAAACCUCUGAGGUAUGGUUAGGGUACACGACAGUCCGUUGCCAUCAUCCCUGGUAUGAAUCUACCAACCAUUCAGCGGUAGAAGCCUUUCCAUUUCAGAAGCUCCCUCGAGAAAUACAACUCCUUAUCAUCGAAGUUGCAACUUCACCCAAGGUCACACCGACAGUCGAAUGGGAGGAACUUCCCAUCUUUAAGGAUAAGAACGGCUUUUGUGCGCCGCUCCCUGUGCGCAGACUGCAGUUAUUCGAGGCCAAUUUUCAUUACUUCAAUCCUCAGGGAACCCUUGAGAGCUUCUGUAACUCAAGCGUUUCCUGCUCUCCAGGUUUGAUGCUCGACAAACUCCCGAAGCUGGAGGAGUAUUCUUUGAUAAUUCCAGCCGCAAAGCAGAGCUGGACGAUGGAUGGACUUCCGCAAAUUAGACCUCAAGAUAACAACGAAAAUCCAGCCCAUGUUGGCACCAAGUGGCAGUUCAACUUUUACCGCUACCACAGACUUGGCGAACUACACAACGAAGUACCAGAGGGAUGCUUGAUGGGUGUUCCGCCCAACUUUUGUGACGACAGCCACCUCGAUGGUACUGACCCUUCCGACCGGCCUGGGAGCAUCCCGUAUAUCGGAAAGUAUGGAUAUGAGCGAAGCCACGGCAUAGUUGGCGGGCUCUGGGCUGGAUUCAAAUACUUUCAAGAAAGUAAGGAAGCCUACUUUGCGCCCCUCUCGUGGACCGAGGUUGAGCCCCUAGUUAUGGGUAACUAUGGAGAGAAUGGGACUAGAGCCCUUUUUCACAACCAUACCCCGCAGUUUGUAUCCAAGGUCUGGGUUGUCCGACAGGGUACGGACGCUCCUAAAGGGUGGAUCAAGGUACGAGCGGUAGAUGAAUCAGAUCCCGCCUGGAGACACCAACUAUUGAAGACAUGGAACGCUGUGCGCUAUACGUUGGAAGAGAUUCAGAACUCGGGUUCGCGUGGCCCUUACACCCUCUGUCAGAGAUAG